AUGGGAAGUUCUACCGCACCCACCGUACUGCCCGGACCUGGCCCCGAGCGACUACCACCUCUUCCUAUCGCUUCAGCAUCAUCUGAAGAGAAGCGCUACGAUGAUCGCGACCACCUCGAAAAUAAUCUUCGGGCUUUCUUCGCCUCCAAGUCGCCGGAGUUCUACGCCAAAAUAAUCCGUGAUCUUGUGAGACGUUGGCAGAAGGUUGUCGAUGUUGAUGCAGAUUAUUUCGUCGAAUAA